UCCUGGUAUCGCCAAGUCCACCUGUAUAAUAAAUAAAAAAAAAAAUACACGUGGUAAAAUCUUACUGCCUGUUUCACUAAGCUUAUUGCUUCCACUCACUCGCACACUAUCAGUCAAACAGCUGAUUUGGGUUCCAAUAAGAAGCAGAAAAACGACUAAUCGGGUGAGUGACAACGUGCAAGAAGACGUAAGCAAAUUGCUUUAUAAUUGCGUUUCACUAUGCGUGUGCUAGUGUCAAUUCGAAGAAGACAAGUGUCAAAAACACUCACUUGCAUUUUAGCCUUCGCGCGCUAAAUUAUUAAAAAAUGGAAAAGAAAAUCGUAAAAAAAUCUACACCCCAGCAGCUACAAGAGCUGGUCAAAGCCAUGAUGGAGGAUUCGGAUUUGGCCAAGGGUAUUCCAGUAUUUGGAGGGUCCAAAUAUACAGUGGAUGAGAAGUGGAAAACCAUUACCACAAAAUUAAAUAUGCAUGGCCCUCCUAUGCGUACCACAGCCGAGUGGAGAAAGACUUGGGCGGACUUAAAAUCGCGCACCAAAAAGAAACUGAUGGAUAAUAAAAAGAGCUUGGAAGCUACAGGUGGUGGCGAAUAUGCUUUCUGUGCCCUAACAGAAUUGGAGGAGAUGGUAGACCGUGCUAUAUCAGCCACUAGAUCUGCGGUUCCGACCGGUGCUAAGUACGGCUUUUGUUCUCAACAACCCAUAAUGGUUGAAGAAGACAUUGUAGAGUGCUUCACACCUUAUGUAGCGUCACCGCCGCGUAGCAACAAAGAUGUGGCUGUAAAUACGCCAAAAAGAAACGGGGUACCUGAUUGUAGUAAAAAAAAUUAUCAGGUUGUGCCCACAAACUACAGUUUAUACACAAGCGGAAUGGCUACCACUAUUACAGAUACCACCGCCCCAUCUAGCACCCCCGCAGCUACCACCGUCCCAUAUAGCACCGCACGACCUAGUACCGCCCCAUUCAGUACCGCCCCAUCCAGCGCCGCCCCAUCCAGCGCCGCCCCAUCCAGCGCCGCCCCAUCCAGCGCCGCCCCAUCCAGCGCCGCCCCAUCCAGCGCCGCCCCAUCCAGCGCCGCCCCAUCCAGAACCGCCUCAUAUAGCACCGCCCCAUUUAGCACCGCCUCAUUUAGCACCGCACCAUCUAACACCGUCCCAUCUAGCACUGCCCCAUCUAACAGUGCCGCUGCUACUAUGGCGAAGAAGCGGAGAAUGGAGUAUGAAAUACCAUCCAGUUCUGCAAAGAACAGUAAGCAAGAAGAACCAACUUAUUUGAUAAAAAAGCAACUGCAAAUUGCAGAGACAACGGCUGGCAUAAUGGAAAAAAUAGUUGCAGCCAUUGACGCUCAAACUGAUGUUUUCAAAGAAGUAAUAAUAGAAUGGCAGAAAAAUAAAUAG